UCAAAAUUGUGAAUUGAGAAGGAAAACCGCGUCACUUCCUCCAUAAAUAAAGCCUUAAACGAGAUCUCACUUCAUUAUAUUCAAUCAUCAUAAUCAUUUCCCAUUUUUUCCAACAACAAUAACAAUGGCCGAUGCAGGUUCCACUACUCCAACGGCGUCAACAAACGGAGACUCAACUACUACUCCAUCAUCUCCCAAAGUAGCAUUAAUAACCGGAAUUACCGGUCAAGACGGUUCAUACCUAACGGAGUUUCUCCUCAACAAAGGUUACGAAGUUCACGGCUUAAUCCGUCGUUCUUCAAAUUUCAACACUCAACGAAUCGAUCAUAUCUACGUUGAUCCACACAAUGCUCACAAAGCUCGCAUGAAACUUCACUACGCUGAUCUCUCCGACGCUUCCUCCCUCCGUCGUUGGCUCGAUACAAUUCUUCCCGACGAAGUUUACAAUCUCGCCGCUCAAUCUCACGUCGCUGUUUCCUUCGAGAUCCCUGAUUACACAGCCGAUGUCGUCGCUACCGGUGCUCUCCGUCUCCUCGAAGCCGUUAGAUCUCACAUCGCCGCAUCUGGUAGAUCUCAUAUUCGUUACUACCAAGCCGGAUCUUCCGAAAUGUUCGGAUCCACUCCGCCUCCGCAAUCUGAAACGACGCCGUUUCAUCCUCGUUCGCCUUACGCCGCGUCGAAAUGCGCUGCGCAUUGGUACACUGUUAAUUACCGUGAAGCUUACGGGAUCUUCGCUUGUAACGGAAUCCUCUUCAAUCACGAAUCUCCGCGGCGCGGAGAGAAUUUCGUAACGAGGAAGAUUACUCGUGCUGUUGGAAGGAUCAAGAUCGGGCUUCAGAGUAAACUUUUCCUCGGGAACCUUCAAGCUUCUAGGGAUUGGGGAUUUGCUGGUGAUUACGUUGAAGCGAUGUGGUUGAUGCUGCAACAGGAGAAACCUGAUGAUUAUGUUGUUGCGACUGAAGAUUCACAUACGGUAGAAGAGUUUUUGGAAGUUGCUUUUGGUUAUGUUGGUUUGAAUUGGAAGGAUCAUGUUGUUAUUGAUAAGAGGUAUUUUCGUCCUACUGAAGUUGAUAAUCUUAAAGGUGAUGCCACUAAAGCUAAGAAAGUUCUUGGUUGGAAACCUAAGGUUAACUUUGAAAAGCUUGUUAAAAUGAUGGUUGAUAAUGAUGUGGAAAUGGCUAAGAAGGAGAAGGUUCUUGUUGAUGCUGGUUACAUUGAUGCUCAACAACAACCUUGAUGAACCAACUUAAUUUCCCAUUUAUUUUUUAUAAUUCAUUAUUACUGUCUUUUGCUUAAUUUUUUGAAGUUAUAGAAUGCUGCUGUUAUUUUCAGUGAUUCAUUUAUCAUAGCUGAGGGAGUUUGAUUUAUUAAUCUAUGAGCUGUUUUACAUUUUAAAUUAAUGAUUUUGGAGUUGUUAUUUAUGUUAUUCUGUAAGCUCCAAAAUUUUAAAUCUUUAAUAUAUCUACAUUCAUUCUCAGUGUUGUGGAAGCUAAAAUGCUAACCUCUGGGUUGUAAUGUGUUGUAAACUUGUUCGAAUAUAGUGUUUAUUAUGAUUUAGUUUGUUUCUUUU